AUGGUGCGACUAGGUGGUACGUCUGCAACUAUGCGAGGAAAGCUGGCGGGUAAACUAUUACUUCUGUUUCUCGUUGAGACGUCAGCAAGUCGCUGCGACGAGGCGACGACGGCGCAAGUUGCCGAGGGCAACUUCGGCCAGUCCGGAGUGUUCAACUGGCUCGGAAUGCUCAAAGUAGUCUCAUAUGAAAACAAGAAGUGGAUUACAGCACUGACUGGGAUCGUCCUUGUGAAGCCUAAGCAUGUGUUGGCCAACGCUGAUGACAUCGUAAAGAUACCUCAACAUGUGUUUGAGAGAGCCACCAAGGCAAUGUUCGUGCCUGCGAAGGGCGCCGAGUGGGCGGUCCCGCCUAAAUCCUACUCCACGCACCCGGAGUACGAGUACUCCACCGUCAACACCAUCGCCAUAGUCGAGCUGGACGUCGAAGAUGUGAACGACUUUCCGUUGAAUCCAAUAUGUCUGCCGAGCUCCUCGUUCAACACUUCCAAAUACCUGUACCUCACUGGCUUUACAGAUGGUGGCCCGAGGUUGUGGAGGCGACACUUCCGCCCCGCGUCAGUGGGCGACUGCAAUUACGUUGUGGCUCAGACCGCUGUCCCAGACAAUUCCAGCUAA